GGAUCUAAUCAUGAUUUUGCUAGAAGGCCCUCUGCACAGUCUGCCUCUGCAUGAAGCAAGAGGCUGACCAAAUGGCACACAGGAAAAAACCAAAGGACUCUCGAACUGCAGAUGUGGCAGCCAUGUUCUCGCACAGAUUACUGUCUUGGCGCUGGCUAUGCCGUUGGUCCAGCCCAUUCCUGCAACUCCUUGUCUUGAGUGUCGUGACAUUUGGUGUGAUCGCUCCCUUCACUUGCCAAGACCUCCUGCAUUCUUAUUUCUACUUGCGUGGUUGGUACCUGAACUCAAUGACCCAACGUUUUUUAAAGCAGAACCAAGAGGAGGGUUUGAGUGCUCUCCGUUACUUUGAGCGACUGCAGAAUACAUCAGAGAAGAUGACCAAAGAGGCCUUGCAGCCAUGGUUGCUGAUUACCAUCAUUACUGUUCAAAGGAGCCCGGAACUCCACUAUGUCCUUCAAGUAGCAGCUCACUUCCACCGUCUGCUCCACGAAUGUGGCCCUUCUUGCCAGCACCAUCAGCUCUUACUCUGCAAUGUGGAAACAGAUCCCAGCGACCACCAGGAUGCUAAGCUGCUUGCCACUUUCUUUCCUGUGGUGAACCGCUUCAGUGGUCAGGAAAAUUUGGAUCUCUUUCCAAACCAAUUUGAGAAGGAGAAGCAAGAUUACACCUAUUGCCUUGAGAAAUCUCUUCAGCUGUAUAGACCAGAAUACGUCCUGUUGGUGGAAGAUGAUACCCUCCCAGAAGAGGAGUUCUUUCCAGUCCUCCAUCACUUGUUACAGACACGAUUCUCAAAGCCCCACCUCCGAGAUGCUCUCUAUAUCAAACUGUACCAUCCAGAGAGACUUCAACAUUACAUCAAUCCAGAACCCAUGAGGAUCCUGGAAUGGCUCGGAUUAGGCAUGUUUUCAGGAUCCUUCUUGGGCUUUGUCUACUCCUGGGCAUCCAGCCGCUCCAGCCUUAGUUGGUCCAUUGUGUUGUUUUUCGCCCUGUACAGCAUGCUGCUAGUAGAGCUGGUUGGGCGCCACUAUCUCUUGGAGCUUCGACGCAUAGCGCCAUCCUUCUACAACAUUAUGCCUGUGACUGAAUGCUGCACUCCGGCCAUGGUGUUCUCUGCUUCUUCAGCACACCGUGCAUUGGGUUACAUGAAAGAUGUUCAAUGUCACCUAGGUUUUGCCAAAGAUAUUGCUCUUUAUUCAAUGCUUCGUAUCAAGGGCGAGCAUGCAUUUGUGGUUGAGCCCAAUCUGGUGAGACAUGUGGGGUUGUUUUCCUCUGUCAGGAUCAAUGAAAAGCCAGAACUGCUUUGACUUUUCCAUAUUUCCUAAGGACUGAAACAGAUGAGCAAAAGCUCAACCCAAGAUAUUUACCGAGCUUUGCUGAGCUAAAUCAUCUCCAGUUGCAAGCCGGGGAUUGAAUCAAAUCAAUUGAUUACAGUCACUGAUGUUCUCUAGAAGUAAGCUUGGAAUUCAGUUUAGCAUUCUAUGUUAAAAAAAAAAAAGUAUGUAAUAGCUCUAAAUCAGCCUUCCACACAAUGCCCUUCCAAUGUGAAGUAGCAAUUCCAAAAAUUCCAGCCAAUGUGACUGGUAGUAGUUUUGGCUUAUGAAUUCUAGGUUGUGAAAGCUAGCUCUGAUUUAUAGCUUACAGAUAAUGAACAAGAGUUCUUCAGUUUGGUAGAAAUACCAGAGAUGGUGCUUUAACUCUUCUGCAUCAGCAUAUAAAUAAUUUUAAAUAGUUCUUUUCCAUAAUCAUGAAGCAUUCACUGAAAAGAGAAACUAUUUUUUAAUUGCUUUAGUCUAUUUUUCCUGAGCUGAUGCAUUUGAGAUAUGUUGGCUGCAAAAUUACCAACACUACCCCUCGGUCUUCUGGAGGCUCAAGUCCUAAAAAAUCAAAAACAUGCCAACUUGGGAAAGACUGGUCUACAUUCAAAAACAAAUGAUCAUAUUCAGUGAAGUGUUAGGACUGUCUUAAUGUUUACUUCUUUCUUGUUUCGAAUCUUUCAUUUCUAUCACUUUUAAGUAUGCUUUUGUGCAUACUUCCUGAAUAUAUCUUCAAGAGCCCUUGCAAAUGGCAAACUCUCCUCAAUGAAAAAUCUAAUGAUGCUAAUAUUAUGGACAUAGCCAUAUCUGCAGAAGGUUUGAUUGUGCUAAAGUGUGGCUCUUCCUUUGCCCUAUCUAUUCUUGUCCCUAUAUUAAUUACCUGGCUGGUGUAUCUUAUACCAAAUCACUCCAUUAACAAAUUUUUGGAAUCCGCUGAUCACCAGAAAAAUCUCAUACUCAAACCCUCCAUCUACGAUUUAGAACUGGACUGCCAAUCACCAACUAAUUUUUCUCUUACUAGUUUCUUACCAUUUCUUUUCCAUUUUGUUCCCCCAAGACAGGAAACCCUGGAAAUAUUUUCUACAACUGCCAAUCCAAUCUCUUGUUUUCUUUUGAAAUGUAAUGAUGGUACUGUUUAAAAAUCUAAUGCGCACCAUUCAAAACCAUCCUAAAGGAAAUGUAACGUUCUCAUUUUUCUUCAUUUCCUCUGCAUUUGCUACCUCACAUAUAACACAUAUUGUUCUUUAUUUAAAAAAAAUACAAGUGCCUUACUUAGAUGAUACAUUAACAAUUUUAUAGAGAAGCUUUUUCUUCCUCGUCCUCUAACUCUGGGAACCUGUGAGAAGAAGCAUGGCUUUUUCCACCUUACCUGGAAAAAAAACUUGAACCAAGAAAUGUAUUUUUCUUUCCAUGAGAAUUCAAUUGAAAUGAAUUAAAGAAUAAAUGCACCAUCAUCCAUAUACACGGUUCUCGGAAAAGUUGAUGUAUUGUUCCAAAGUUCUUGCUAUUGUAAUUUUAGAAAAUGGGAAAAAAAAGAUAGUAGUCAGGGGUUUCUACUGACAUCUAUGUAGAAAGAAACAAUUCAUGUUCCAAAAGUAUCUCUGGGGGAUCCAGUCAGAAGUAUUACAUAGCAUAGCUAAGUAAUAUCCCUGAUAAGUAUCAAUUUGUAUAGUUGUUUAUUUAUUGAAUUUCUAUGCCACCCAUCUCAUUAAUGCAUUGACUCUAUUAGUUAUUUGAUAACAAGUUUUUAGCUGCUGAUUGCAUGCACCCUCAGGAGCUUUUGACAAGCUUUCCUCCUGAGCACCCUCCCUGUUCAUCGCUACAUAUACAAGUGGAUAAAAGUUGACAGGCAUGGCAUUGAUGGACAGCAAAAGAACACAACCUAUCAAGUCAGCCCUACACACCUAGGACACAGAAAGUAGGUAGGGGCUGAUCAGCAGGACCAGGCAUCUGUGCUAGUGAUAGUUUAUGCCACUCUGGGCAGUACAGACAGAAAGCAGCCAACAGAAGCUGAGAAGAUUCCACCCUCUACUGCCUGAUCAGCUCAUUUAGUGCCGAAGUACCACAAGUUGUGCAACUAGCAAAGAGUUAGUUGGGAGAAAAUACGGUGCGCCACAUCAAUUUUGGUUCGGGUUUUGUGCUUUGGAUUGGGGAGGAAUGGAAGAUGAUAUCAGGUGGUGUAGUAUUCUUCAAGGCGGCUUCCUUGAAUCAAAGUUAGAUAUGUAAAUGUACCUGUAGCCUAAAUUCUAAGCUGACUAGAUAACACAUGAGCUGCCCUGAUUACAUCAAAGAAUCAGGUCUGUAUCUGUGCUAGGUUUCUGAAACACACGCUUUCCUCCCCCACACAAGCAUUGCCAUUGUGCUGUGGAUUUGUGCAAUAUACCCUCAGGACCUGUAAUCAUGCCAAGCUGUAACCAGAGGAUGAAUUAGAUUCAGAGAUUUUCUUCAGACUCUGCUUGUAGCUUCCCUCUGCGUGUAGCUGCUGGAAUGAUUUGUAUCCUCCGUAUGUUCUCUACCAUUGAAUUACAGCCAUGCCCACAAGCAGCUCUUGAGCCUUGAAGUAUAAGAUUCAAUGCAGCAGCUCAAAAAACACAACUUACAUAAAUGUAAGUCAUUUAUUUAUUUUUAACAAGAGCAUAUUGGUGCUUUAUAACUAUUGAUCCAAACUCAUUUUUAGAUAUAGAUAUCCGGUGUGCAAGGGGGCAACUGAUGAAAUGUGCUUUGCAACACGAAUAUAGAAGAGAGGUGCUUGCAUGCUGCCACCAUAAUGCAAAUGUUAGCAUUAUCGUAGAAACAAAUGAUGUUUUCAAAAUUUGAUUGCAAGAAUGGUGCAAAACUAAGAUAAAACAAUGCCUUGCCAAACUAAAUGCACCAAAUUAAGAAUAUUUUGGGUAUGCCUUGUUCUACCACUUAAAGUAGCAUAUCACACCCCCACAUAUUGGGUCUUACCUAAAUGUCUAGAGUUGUAAUAUAUAAUGGAAACUGCCCUAGCAGACCUUUCUCCUUUAUGCUCAUAAGAUUUCAUAAGCUUUGGUACUGAACAGAUAAGGAUACUUUAUUUAGUAAAUUUACAGGCAGCCUAUCUUAUAUACAUGACUGAGGCGCUCACAAUUAUAACACGAACAAGAAUUGAUUUUUUAAAAUCAUCUAAAAUGACAAAACAACUAUUUUUAUUCAAUUUCCACAAAGUUGUUUGAAAUCUUGACCACUUAGCUCUACAGAAUGUCAACGUUGUACAAGAGCAAUAUAGUGACUUCAGUUGCUAUUGGAGAUUAAUGCAGUUGACCCAGUUGACAGAAGCAAUAGAGUAGAGUCAAAGAGAUGUGGCAACCAUUUGGGAGUGAUGCAAAAACCUUGCAUGAAGGUGACCUGAAAUAAAACUUUUUUUACCUCCUGUCUGGACAAAUUCUCACUAUGAUUUGUCAUGUGCGGGAUUGCAGUAAAUCAGUUCAUAAGCAUGGGGGAAGGGAAGAAUCACAUUUCUCAAUG